ACCCGAAAGAAGAAAGCAGAAGAGGGAGAUGGAGACGCGUACUAGUCUUUUUCCCCACAUCCAAAUUUCCACGGUCAUGGUCUUCUUCUUUUCUUCUUUUUCCUUGUCCUUCACUCUCCAUUUCCCUCUCUCUUCUUGCCUUUUCAAACGCUUGAAAAACCAGCAAACCAAACCCAAAGAAUUAUUCACCAAAAUGGAUUGACCAGCAUUUAUACGGACCCCCCCAACUUGAUAAAAAUUCCCACAACUUGCUCUUACAAGUCCAUUUCCUUCCUUUUCAUUUUGAUUAUAAAUUCAUAUUCAUAUUCUUCUUCUGUUUCUUUUUCAACGUAAACGUGUUCAUGGAAGUCAUGGAGUCCGAAACCGCCAUUGCUUCUAAGGUUCAGAGGCUGAGAUGCUCGGUCCAGAACUACGAUUGGGGUCGGAAAGGCGUUGACUCUACCGUCGCCGAGCUUUACGCUCUGAAUUCCGGCUCGGAAAUCGACCCCGAAAAGCCUUAUGCUGAGAUCUGGAUGGGAACUCACGACUCAGGACCCUCCUUCCUGGUUCCGAGCGAACACAAGAGUAAUGGAAAUCUGUCGGUGGAGUUCGGCAGCCAUGGCGAGAGCCUCAAGUCUUGGAUUUCCAAGAAUCCUAGUGUGCUCGGCGAAAAGGUCGUCCAAAGGUGGGGCAGUGAUCUUCCGUUCUUGUUCAAGGUGCUUUCGGUGGCCAAGGCAUUGUCAAUACAAGCUCAUCCGGAUAAGGAAUUGGCCAAGACUUUGCAUAAGUUGCAGCCAAGUGUCUAUAAGGACGACAAUCACAAGCCUGAGAUGGCUCUCGCCAUAACCGACUUCGAGGCUCUUUGUGGAUUCAUCAGUCUCCAGGAGCUCAAGUCUGUGCUUCAUGACGUUCCUGAGAUCGUAGAGCUGGUUGGAAGUACAGAUGCAAACCAACUCUUGAAUCUCAGUGAUCAAGAUGCGGAAGAAAAAGUAAAAAUUGUUCUGCGUUCAAUUUUCACCAAACUCAUGUCAGCGAGCAAAGAGAUGAUAAUUGAAGCAACUUCCAAACUGAAAGACCGUCUACACUUUGAAAGUCAGGUUAGGCAGUUAACAGAUAAGGAACGUUUGGUUUUGGAGUUGGAAAAGCAAUAUCCUGCUGAUGUUGGUGUUAUAUCAGCUUUCUUUUUUAAUUACGUGAAGCUUAAUCCUGGUGAAGCAUUAUAUCUUGGGCCAAAUGAACCCCAUGCAUAUUUGUUUGGUGAGUGCAUAGAAUGUAUGGCAACUUCGGACAAUGUUGUGAGGGCCGGUCUAACUCCCAAGCACCGGGAUGUAAACACUCUUUGCUCCAUGCUCACAUAUAAGCAGGGGUACCCUGAAAUUCUGCAAGGAGUUCCUUUAAAUCCAUAUGUUAGAAGGUACCUCCCGCCAUUUGAUGAAUUCGAGGUUGAUAGCUGUAAUCUUCCUCGCCUGGAAUCAGUCGCGUUUCCUGCAGUCCCAGGUCCGUCCAUUUCAAUGGUCACCCGUGGUGAGGGAAUCAUGCAUACGAGUUUUCUUGAAGAUGUAAUUGCAGAAGGAGAUGUUCUUUUUAUACCAGCCGACACUGAGUUUAGCAUUACGAGUGCAUCUGAUUUGCAGCUAUAUAGGACCGGAGUAAACAGCAAGUUCUUCCAGGCCUCCUGAACCACACACAACAGCAGCCCUUUUUUUAUUAUUUUUUUUUUGGGCUUUUGCAAGUAAUAAAUUAAUUCCAUGUCUUCAUUUGUCUAUUUAUUAGGUGUUUAUAAAUAAAUGUAUAUUUAUAUGUCCAUUCCUUGUAUAUGCAUGAAUAAGGAGAUAUAAGUAAAGAGUUGUAUACUUGUGAAGACAUGGUACCUAUCCUCCUUUAAAACAGUAGAUCUCAACUUCAUCUUUCA